AAUUAAUUAAUUAAAGAGGAAACAGCCGCAAAAUCUCUGGGCACCGAAUUCCAUUUUCGAGCCAAAAACAAAGAGCUCUUUCUUCUGUUCAUCCGCCUCUCUUCGUCUCGCUUGAGAAACCUCUCAAGUGUAUUGCAGCUCAAAAAAAUAAAAAAGUAGAAUGAACAUCUUCAACAAGAAACCUAAUCCCAGAGAGGCUCUUCGAGAGAGCAAGAGAGAAAUGCAACAUGCUACUAGAGGUAUAGAGAAGGAAAUCGGGGCACUCCAAUCAGAGGAAAAGAAGCUUGUCGCUGAGAUAAAAAGAACAGCUAAGACAGGAAAUGAGGCAGCAACUAAAAUUCUAGCCCGGCAACUGGUCAGGCUUAGGCAACAAAUAGCUAGCUUACAAGGUAGUCGUGCUCAAAUGAGAGGCAUAGCUACUCAUACACAGGCAAUGCAUGCCCAAUCUUCAGUUGCUGUUGGUUUGAAAGGUGGCACAAAGGCAAUGGCAUCUAUGAAUAAGCAAAUGGCUCCCGCAAAGCAAGCACAGGUUAUAAGAGAAUUUCAGAGGCAAUCAGCGCAGAUGGAUAUGACGACAGAAAUGAUGUCAGAAGCCAUAGAUGAUGCCUUGGAUGAUGAUGAGGCUGAAGAAGAAACUGAUGAUUUGACGAAUCAAGUGCUAGAUGAAAUUGGUGUUGAUGUUGCCUCACAGUUGUCAACAGUGCCAAAAGGUAAAAUUGCGGGGAAGAAUGAAGAGGAUGUCCGCAGUUCGGGCAUUGAUGAGCUUGAAAAGAGGUUGGCAGCUCUGAGAAACCCUUAAAAAGAAAGAUGUCUAAAAUUCCAAUGUGUUUAUCAUACUGAUCAGAGCUUCGCUCUAUAAGUUGAUUCUUCGGAGCAUUUUGUACUGGAGAUAAUUCUAUUCUACAUGUAUUUUUCUCUGAAGAUGUUUAGCUUGUAGUAUUUUUUUUUUUUUUUUCCUUUCUGAAGAACUUGUUUCAUUGGAUCAAUCUGUCAUGUCUCAUUAUGCCCUCUCUAGUCAAGAAUCAGAGUUAAAGCUAAUAACGAGAAUAGUAAAUAAAUUUAUUUUGGCAUUGAGAUUA